AUGUCAACAUCAUUCAAUCCCAAUGCUUCUGCUUCUAAUAUGUCAACUACACGAACCACUCCACCUACAAAAAAAUUAUCAAAAAUUAGCAAAAAAUUAGCAAUUAAAAAGGAACGACCAGUACCAAUGAAUGAUUUACCGCUUGAUGCACCACCUGUUGAUUGUCCACCUGUUUAUGAAUGCUAUGUAACAAUGAAACCAUUAAAAAAGCAUCGUCUCAGUAUCACAAAACGUUAUUUUGGUAAAGUUAUCCGUGGAUUAAUGCGCUUAUUGCCAGAGAAAGGCGCAAAAGCGACAAAUGAAGUUAUCGGUUCAGAAUAUACCGUCGAUUUAACAGCUGUAGCAAUUUCAUGUGAUGAUUCCAGACGGAGACUAAUUUUUAAAUUCAAAAAGGAAUCACGAGAUAUAGGUCCAGUGAAUAAGAAUGAGUAUGAAACAUUCAAGGAAAUGAUUCAGAAACAUCGAAAUUAUCGUCAAAGUGCUUGUCGUAAUAAGAAGGAAGAUUUCAAUGAAUUGAUGACCGCGAAUGCUUAUCAGAGUAACGAACUCAUUCCGAUAACUGGGCGGAUUUCAUCCUUAAAUAAAAGGCCUGUUAAUCCGGAACAAGAUAUUGACACGGCCAAAUUACGUGAAGAUUUCCGUGGCAAUACAAUUGCUGAAUUAAAUGAAAAGGUGGUUAAAAUUCUUAAUGAUAUCAAAACGAUUACGAUUGAAAUGAAACAAAUGCGAAAGGAACUAAAGGAAUUAAUAAGAAGUAUUCAAAGUGGAAAAACAUUACCAACCAUGGAAAGUAAAGAAGAUGAGCAAACUUCUGAUUCGGAUAAUUCCGAUGAGAAAUCGGAUGCUGCAUUGCUGAAUAACAAUCAAACAUUAUUUGAUGCAUUACCGAAACAAAAAAGUAAAAUUAAUUUAUCCGAAGAAAUCAUCGACAGAAAGGAAGAAAAACCUGAACGUCUAGUGGAAGGAGGAGAAUUAGAAAAGAUACAAUCACGGAAACGCAGGGAUCAAUUACCAAAGGCAUCAGUAGCUGGUGAAGAGUUAGGCCUACGACAAUUGAUGGCAAUUGUUGCUCGACGUUUACCUUUACCAAUAACAUUCUUUGAACCGCUUACAAUGUUACAAGUUUUAUGUGAAGAGUUAAGAUAUUCGGGACAAACAUUGAAUCGAGCUAUAUCUGCUUAUGAUCCAGUAGAUCGUAUUGCUUACGUGACAGCUUUUGCUGUAAGCAGCUAUUCCGGUAUGGUAUGCCGGAAACAGAAACCGUUUAAUCCGUUACUUGGUGAAACAUUUGAUUUUGUAUCAGAUGAAGGAUGGAAGUAUCAUGCUGAGCAGGUAAAUCGUCAUCCAUCUAUAAUGGCUGCUCAUGCUGAAGGACUGAAUUGGGAAUGGUGGCAAACAUUGAUUUCAACACCAAAGACUUCAUGGUCCGGUGUUAUUGAAGCAACUCCAGAAUUACCUGUACGCUUACGAUUGGGUAAAGAGGAUUAUUGCUGGAAUAGAGUAAAAGUAAUCAUCGAAAAUGCAUCAUCAACAGCUGAAUAUCGUAAACUGAAAAUGGAUGGAACGAUGAAUAUGAGAUGUAGUAAUGGUUAUACGAGUACAGUAAUCUUCCGCAAAGAUCGACAAACUGAAGUAUAUGGUAGUAUUAUGGACAAUCGUGGUAUUUUAGUUGUCAAACUCUUCGGUUACUAUGAUCGAUUUUUGCAGAAAGUAAAUCAAAAGGAAUAUUUGUUCGAAGCAAUUCCGUUACCCAAAAAUGCGAAUCAAUAUUAUGGAUUUUCACAGUUUGCAUGUGGACUGAAUGAAUUUUUGAAUAUUGAUGAAAGAUUAAGUGCUCCAUCAACUGAUAGUCGAUUUAGACCGGAUUUGAAAGCUCUUGAAAAUGCUGAUACUGCUCGAGCUUUUGAAGCUAAAACAAAUCUUGAAAAGUUGCAACGAGCACGUAAUGAAGCAAUACAUAAGCGUAUGUGGUUUGAACAGCGACAUGAUUUGAUGACAAAUACAACUUUAUGGGUUUGUAACGGUCGAUAUUGGCAAGCAAAGGAAAAAAAUUUAAGGGUUAUUCGGAUAUGCUCCAAUUAUUCUGUUAAACCAUUGUCGAUGAAAAUCGUCAUAUUAAAAUCCGACUUCCAAAAAAUGGCAGAAUUGAUGACUGUCACUUACACUGCAUUGAUGCAACGACCAAUGGAAUCGAUAAAGAUACGAACUAAAUCAGAUAUCUUAUUAUUGCUAAUGUUCGAGAAGGAAGUGUAA